AUGGCGGAGACAACUCUCGAGGUUGCGGCUGCCCAAGUGCAGGUGAUGAUCUCGAGGGUGCCCGUUGCCAUGUGGUGGGUUUUACUUGCAGACUACUGCUGUUUGUUUUCCCUCGCCGCAUACGUGUGUUUCACCUAUGGCCCUGGUCUGUUGAAGAUUGCGGUCGGGAUGCCACGGUUGCUCCCUUCCCGAGCUGGCCAUAAGCACUACACACUCCUACUGCCUUGCUGUGUGGCUCUUACCGUUGCGCAGGUCCUGACUGCGAAGAUCUUCUUGGUAUUGGUCGCACCUUAUGCAGCCAGCCUAAUCAACGGUUUUGUGCAGCUGCUUUUGCAUGCCGACUAUGCAUUCCUGUGGUGGGCACGAGCUUCGAUGCUUGUGGGCUUCUUUGCCGCCCCCUUGACAAAAGUCCUGCCAGUGCUUUUCACAGCACACCGAGUUCAGCAGAUGAGACAUGUCGAACUGGAGCGAGAGGGCUUUCUACACUGUGUGGUUGUCCUGAGGUACAAGGAGCCGUUUGAGGAGCUAAGCCAAACUCUGGACUCCAUUCUACAUCAGACGGUGCCGAAAGCCCGAGUCAUGGUCGUCAUCGCUUGUGAAGCUCGUGACCCGAAGCACCUGGAAGCGUUCCAAGAGCUCGAGCGGGAAUACAAGUUCCUCUUCCCGGCAGGAUUUGUGUUGAACGUGCACGAGCUUGCUGCCGGCGAGGCGGUGGGGCCCGGUUCCAACAUGGGCUCUGCAGUUCGGUACAUCUCCAAGCUCUUUCCAGAGGAAGAGGACAAAUUCCGGAUCAUGGUGACAAAAGUUGAUAGCGACUGCACGCUGGCGCCCAACUACUUACAGCUGGUUGAAUGGACUUUGCAUCACCAAAUAGAUGGUCGCCGGCACAUCUACCACGCCCCAACCGUGGAAACCAGACUGUCACCAGACACAAGUCUGUUCGUCCACGCCCACUCCCUGCACCUUGCAUAUCUGAACUGUUUCAAUCCAGCGAGGUGGACACAAGGAAAUCCCGCAUUAGCCAUUCAAAGCCUGUGUCUGGGCUUCAUUGAGGAGCAGGGGGGAUGGGCGCCACUGGAUGAGAUUUCCGAGGACUACAUGCAGUUUUACAAGGGUGUCCUGGCUGGUGGAGCUACGGUGAGCAAGGUGGUGUGGUGUGUGAAUAGUGUCGGUAUUCCAUCAGACAUUCCAUCGCGCUUCAAGCAGAUGAGGAGAUGGCAUUGGGGAGUCACUGUGGUUAGCUGGGGAAUAGCUAUGCUUACUGAAGCAAACAUUGAUAUCUUCAGUGUUUGGCCGAGUUUCAGGCUCAUCGCGAAGUUUACCUUGGGCAACUUGACUGGUGGCUGGAUUUGGCUACCACUUCUGCCAGAGAUGGUGGCAAUCCUUGGCGAACUUGAGACCGAGGCGUUGCAUUGUCUUGUCCUCUUGGUGCUUGCAAGUUACCUCAUGGCCACGGGAGUGUCCGUUUUGCAAGACCACGUUCUGAGGCACCACGUACUUGCAACCCACCCCGACUAUGUCAAGACUGUCUCGCCUUGCAGAAGAGCAUUUCUUCUGCUGUCAUCGCCGUUCUUGGGGCCUUUGAGCAAUACCAUCUUCUUCACCUUGGUAACCUGGUAUUGUUUGGUCAUGUGUUUCUUUAACAAGAAGUUCCAUUUCAAUACGACUGCCAAAGGAACGGAGCUGCAAAAGGCCGAAUUUGCCGCAGAGAUGUCAGAAGGGCACUCAGAUGGAGAUGAGAGUUUCGCAUGCAAUGAUAUCUACCGCGCUCCCGUUUUUGAUGCCCCAAAGCGGGAGUGUGGCCCACUACUGGGCCCGACGGUGUCUAAUGAAGACAACUGA